AUGAGUCACUCUCUUAAAGAAGCUAAUUACAGUGUUAAUUAAGUCGAAUGUGAAAUCCUAUAAGAAUAUUUAGGAUAGCCCAAGGCUUAGUCAUUAAUAUAGUAAUUUGCCAAGUCUUCUGAAUUUAACAUAUUGGUCACACCUUCAGGAUUAGUGGUAUAAUGUUGUGGGAACACAAAUAUCAUCAAGAAAUUUGGUACUCUUCAAAUGUCUAAGGGUACACAUAUUUGGGAAGUUAUAGCAAUAUAUGAUUGUAGUUAGAUGCAAAUUGGAGUGAGUACUGUUAGUAAGCCAGGACAGGAGAAAGUUUACGUUUAGUCGUUCACAGCAAGCACAAUAAGAACGAUCACAGUUAUUCUAAACAUUGAAUUGGGAGAAGUUAAUUUUUAUUUGAAUGGAAAUCAUAAUUAAAAAAAAACACUGCCUGUUGAAAAGAAUGCCAUUUACGUCCCUCUAGUAUAAUUUGCACCACACGGGAAAGUUGCAGCUCUGAACCCUUUUGCUUAGCAUCCAAAUCUUAAUUAUCCAAGAAUUAAAUGUUUGCCACUUAAUUUAUUUACCAAAACAAAUGAGUUUAAGAUGCCAAAUUAGGUUUUUACAGGCAAUCUCUCUAAUAUCGAACUAAAAGAGUUCAAACCCAACUAAAUGAUCAAGAUUUCAAACAACUUUAUCUACUUCCACAAUAACAAAAUGAAAUUGCUGAGACCCAAAUUAGGAUAAUCAAAUAUUCAAGAAACAUAAUUGGUUAACUUAUUUAACAACAAACCUGAGACUCCACAGUCUUUGAUUUCUAUUAGAUUAAUGAAAUAGCAUUACGAAUUAAUUUCAACAGCGUUCACCUGGAAGAAAUCAUUAACCAAUGGAUUUACAAACCAAAAUAUGAUAGAAUAGUUCCAUUACUAUUGGUUAUAAGCAAAACAGUUUGAAUCGCAAGUGCUAAUUUAAAUACCAUACAUUUUGAUGAAAUAAAUAGUUCUAUCUCAAUUGGAGGAAUAUGAAUAAGACUUUGGACUUAUCCUAAAGUAAGAUGAAUAGGUGGAGAGCUGCAAAGUUCUAAAGAUAGUUCGAGUAUUAUUAGAAAUAGAUGAAUAAUUAUAUGCCAUGACAUUAAACAACUAGGAAUUUGAAAAGUUCAAUUCUACUACUUCAUUUAAUUUGGUGCCAAGGAUAUUCUCCUAAUUUCAUAGAUUACACACCUUCCUGGAUUCCAAUAAUUAUCCCUAUGAUAUCAUAUCACUAACAGAACUAGGAUUAAUGAAGCUCCCUGGUUUCUCAAAUCUAUUUAGACACUUUACCAACUACAGACAUCAAAUUGAACCAAUAACAUAUCAGAAUGAUCUAUCUAGUAUUUUGCCAGCUGAAAAGAUCUACAGUUACAUUGAUAUUCCAUUAGCUUUGACAAUCAAUAAUAUUCCAUAUGUAGAUUUGGAGCCCAACUUGCAAAUGGUAAAAUCAGUCAACGAUUCAAUUUAUUUCUCACUUAUAAAUGAAGAAGGAAGGAUACAAGUAUGGAAUGGAGAAUUAAGUUUACACAGAUGCUUAUAAUUUAAUCUCAGAUCAUUUGAAGAGAAAGUUGAAGAUUAGAAUUCAUUGGCUCCAUUGUUUGCUGAACCAUAAUCAGAGAAUAAUCCUUCAUCAAAUAUUGAAAAUCAAGAUAGUCAAAGUGAGGAAGCUUAAGAAGCUAUUGUUCCAAAUGAAGAUUUAUUAGAAUAACUUUACAAUAUGGGUUUUUCAAUAGAGGCUUCAAAGCAAGCAUUGAUAGAAACCAAAAACAAGAUCGAGGAGGCCAUUGAAAAAGUAUUCACAAUUGAGGAGCAAAAAGCUAAAGAGAAAUAACAAUCACAAUAAUAAGAAGUUAAAUUACCUAAAUUAAAACCUUAUUGGACUUGCAAGGAAUGUACACUACUUAAUUCAAAUGAAAAUCUUAAGUGCUAAGCAUGUGAUGCCUAACCUCCCUAAGAUGCAUUUGAAAAGGAAACCGCCAUUGUAAUCUAGGAACAGCAAUUAGAAUAGCAAACAGAAAUUACAGAGGAAAAGAUUUAAAAGAUACAAGAGGAUAAUAAUGAAAAACUUCGAAAUAUUUUCAAAACCUCGAAAUUAUCAAAUCUUAUUUAAAUCAGUCUAUAAAAACCAUUUAGACAUUUACUAUUUGCCCAUGUGUUUACCACAGAAUAAUAAUCGUAUUUAGUUCUUAACCGAUUCUUCCAGAGUAUCAAAUACUUAGGUUAAUUUUUUAGAACAAAUAAUGAGGGAAACUAUUCUAUACUAACGAAUAAGUCAUAUUCAUAAAUAGGCAAUUAUUAGAACUUGUUAAAAUUACUAAAUGAAGGAGAGAAUAGUAGAUUCAUAUAUGAAACCUUAUACCCAGUUUUAACUCAAUCGCAAGAAGAAUUUGAAUUUAAAGAUCAAAUCAUUUUAGCAAUAGAUGAAACCAUAUCAAACCUAUUUUUCCAAGACGACAUGAUUGUUAUUUAAGGAGCCACAAAGAUUUGGGAAUGUGCCUUAUUUGAAGGUGAAAACUAUCAACCAAAAUUGGCAGUUGCCUAAAAGUAAGAAAAGGCAGUUAUUACAAAUCAAUUGGAAGAGGCCAUAGAAAAGGAAUAGGCUGUUAUUUAAUAAAAUGAAGUGGUUGAAUCUUUUGAUGAUUUGACAAAAUUAACACCAGAGGAGAUCUCUGAUUUGGCUAAAUUGAAUGAACAUCAAGAUGUCUACUUCCAACCUAUUAGCAAUAACCCCAUGCUCUUAUCAUAAUAGAAGGGGGAUUCUUGGGCCAAUAUCAUUGUAGACGUUGACCAAUCCAGUUAGAAUUAGAUUGAGUUAAAUUUGGUCAAUUAAUAACAAAUGAUGAAGCUAUUUGUGACAGGAUUCAGUGACAAAAAGUCUCAGUUUAAAUCUGAAGGAUGGGUGUCUAUUGAUGGAUUGAAACCUGAGAAAGAUGAUCAAUUGCCCCUUACUAUCUUUACCCACAAGGGAUCUCAAUUUAAUGUUCAAUAGUGCAUAUCCAAAAUAUGCUUUGUUUAAUAAGAAAUAUUCUCCACUGUUUAUUCAAAGCCAGAAUUUAUCUUCAAGCAUCUACAUGGGAAAUUGAUGAGUUUUUCUAAGUUCUAAGUUGCAAGUCCAAAUAAAUUUUAAAAUACAGGAGUGCCUCUAGGAUCUGGUUUGAUAUUUAUUGGAAACAACGCCAAUGACUUUUUGUAUUGUUAGAAGUUUUCGAAUUUCAACAAGGAAAAAUAUCAAGAAUGGUUAAAGGAAAGGCAAAAGGAUAUUAGACCUUUGAAGCCUUGGGAACCAGUGGCCUUUUUUGAAUUGGGGGCAAAUGAAGAGUAAUUGACAUUUUCCUUAGAGAAUCCAAAGAUUGGAAAAUAUGUGUUAUUAAUGACAUUAUCAGCAAAAUAGACAGAUCAAGUGAAGUUUGAGUAAAAUCCUUUGACUUUGAAUUAUUUCGUUGCUUAUGGUACUGUGGUGAAGGAAAAUAUGGGAGAUUAAUUAGUGUAAAGCCAACAAUCCCUUGAGCUAUUUAGAGACAUUACAUUAAAAGUAAAUGGUGCUGUUUUGGAUAAGGAUUAAUGUUAAUUCAGAGAGGACACUUAUGGUAAUUACAAUAAAUAUAUCUGUGAAAUACCGGCAUCUUUAUUAGCUAAUGUUCAAAACAUCAAAAUCGAAUUCCAAAAAUCAGACAUUAGUUUUCUCCAAAUCAGUGGGCUCAAACAAAAAGAUAUCAACUAGAAACUUUUACAAAAACUUCCUUAGGCUCAUCUGAUUACGACUCUUAUGCACGAUGUAACUAAAUAUGAUGAAUUUAAUUAAAAGUUAAUGCAACUAAUACAUAACAAUAAAGCAACUCAAUAAUAGAGAUUUAGUGCAAUAAAGGUGUUGUGCAAGUUGUUCUAAAGUAUUCCUUAGUUUGUAACCAUAUGCUAUAAAGAUUUGGAUAUUUUAGAGUUCAUCAAGUUAAACUUACUUGCAUAGUAAUAGGAGGAAGAAUCCAGUGUCUAAACUUUCUUUUAAUUAUUCUUAUCAAUCCCUGAGUUCAAUGGUCAAUUAGUCAAGGCAGUAAAAGACAUCAUAAACAAUAUCUUUACAUUAUCUGAUAUUAUAAAACCAGCAGGAUUCAUCCAAUUACUUCAGAUGUUGAAGAAGUAUGCUUCUUAGGACUCGAAAGAAUAUUAUCCUUACAUUUUAAGUCAUUUAAAGCAAAUUGCAAAGUUCAUUCACAAGGUUGAUUCAUCCUACUUCAAUAAGUUGAAUCAAUUUUAGAUUUUCUUAAUGUUGACUGAAGAAUAAUUGUUUUCUGAUAGAUAUUGUAAAUUAACCUAAUUUGCCGAAGACACUCCAUUGAUUUCUCAAGUGUUAGGAGAAGUAUAAAAACAGAUUGAAAUCAGUAACAAAGAAAAGGUAGACCCUGAGAAACCUAACAACAUGAUCAAUAUCGACAUUAAUAUCAAGAAACCUCUAUAUUCAAUCAUUGUGUUCUCAAGAUAACCUCAUUAUGACGAAUAUGUAAUUGAUCUGCUAUCCUAAUUCGAUGUCCAUCAAUUCUAAUUAGUGUUUAAUACUCCUUAGAUAAGUUGUAGAGUAGUUAGGGUGACUUUGUUUAAUGGUUAGACUAAUUAGCCCAUUUUGGAUGUCACUCUACCAGAUUGGCUCCUAGUUUAAUUAACAAAAUAUGCUGAUUAGCAUUCUGCAAAUAUGCCAAAGAGCAAACUGAAUAUUAUGUCAUGGAAUAUAAAGGCUUAACAAGUGAGAACAUUGAAAUUAUAAAUAACAUAUUCAUUAACUGCAGCUACUAGAACAAAGGAGGAGAGUAACAUAGCUCCAAAGGAAUUGUGCAUCAUUCCUUAAUUCAAGGGAUAAUUGAGUUAAAAUUUAGAGAAGUUUGGCCAAGACAAGGAUCAGAUUUAGAGUCAAGUGUUGUUUACAGAUGGAGAUUUUGUAUUCGAGAAGGAGCUAGGUUUUCCCAAUUCUUUGAAAUACUAGAAAUACAAUAAUCAAGGGUCUAUUUACUUGGAUUCAGCGCAGGUUUUGGGACUCAAACAAAAAUACGUGAUAUUAAAAAUAAAGGAAUCAAAUAAUUUAAAUGGUCCUCAUACAUAAAUACAGUCAUAAUAUUAUAGAGCCCUACUUGUUUAAAAGCAGAAGGAAUUAAAGUAAAAGUUGCAGCAAAACCAAGGCAAAGAAAAGAUCCAAGACACCAUUUAAAUCAUUAGGAAAUUGUAACUUGAAUUGAUCCAAGAUCCAAAUUCAAAUAUCAAUCUUAGUAAAUCCCUAGAUUUCUUGUAUACAUAUGCAUACGAACUAAUAAAGAUAUUAAUUCAUGCAGAUUCUACUUGUCAAUAAUGGAGAUCAGACGUGGCUUUAAGAGAACAAGAAGGAUUGAAGAUGGCCUAAUUAAUUUACAAGACCUUUGUGUAGAUGAAUCAAGGACCAAUCACAGAUCUUAGUUUUUAAUUGCUUAAUAUAAUCUUAAGCAACUUGAAUCUUAAGUAUUGGAUUCUAUUUACAUUUGCUCAAUAUCAGAAAAUUGACUAAGAUGCCAACAUUCUAAAUACCUUGAAAAUACUUCACAUCCCAAUAUGUUAAACUAUAAUGUACAUUUCAAUAAUUCUGAGCGAAAAGCAACAGAUCAAACAAGCCCAAUAGUUAAUAGGGUUGGUGUUAACUAAGUUGGUGGACAAGCAAUUCAACAACAAGGAGUUGGUGGAUCCUCAAAUGCAAAUUAAACCAUUGGGAACUCUGAGAUCAACAAGUAGUUAAGAUUUAGAGAUAGGAUAGGUGGAGAAAUUAACCGAUGAAUGUUUCGAAUUAACAAAACCAAAAGUAUUCUCAACUCUAUUUUGCAUAAUGAAAUGGACAUUACAAAAUUAACAGCAAUAUCAAAUCUAAGAUGUACAAAACCUAUUUCUUAAGACUUGCAAUGUGUUGAUGAAACUAAACAACGAUGAACUAAUUCAAUUUGUGACUGAGAUCACUAAUCCCACAGAUCCAACACAAUCGGGAUUGUUCUAACUAUUAGCCAAUGCAUUAUAAUCGAGUGAUUCCAACACAAUUCUGAAUCAAAUCAAACAAGUUAUCGAAAAGUUAUGCACUCCCCAAACAUACAAAUUAAUAUUUUAUUUCUUCUAAAUUGUAUUGAAUGCCAUCGUUAAGCAUGCUAAUGAGAAUCUUUCAAUAUUCCCACAGCCAUUGGAUAGUUCAGCUUGGUUCUAGUUUUUGUCCUUUGUUGUGGGACAACUAUUGCUGCUUUCGAACAUGAAUCUUACACAAGGAGAGCAGAGAUAAAACCAAAGGAAGAGGUCAAUUAAAUAUCAGGCUGCUUAAACCUUUUAGGAGUUCUCAGAGAAAUUUGAAGAAGGGGGAUUUAUUUAGAUAUGCAACAUUGAAACACUGUCACAGAUGAUAAGAUUCUUGAUUGAGCCAAGAAAGAAUUUGGUCAACAAUGAGACUUUGGAGAAUUCAUUGACUUAUUGGGGUUUGUUGUUGAAUUUGAUGAGCAAAAUUCCAACCUAAUUGAUUAUGGAACACAAGAUAUACGAUUAAUUAUUGUCGAUUUACUUGAGAUUGGAUGCCAACAAAUAGGCUGUGAUAUAAUUUAGAUUUAUUGAAAUGACCAAGUCUAUUUUAGAGCACACUUAAAGUACAGAAUUCAAUAGCAAUCUAAUUAAACAAAUCUUCUAAUAUUAGGGCACCACUCUCAUAGAUGGAUUACUCAACAUUGUAGCAUCUUAGGAAAGGAAAAUCAAUGCAUCCAUAUUUAAAUUGAUAUUCUCAGAGACUGCUCAGUACUUAUACAAGUAUUGUAAUGUUGGCAGACACGAUGGAGUUUAUAGUUGUGAGUUGUCCUUGCUUAAAAAAUUAUAAUUUGGAAACAAAUUGCUGUAAUUAAUGAAAAAGGCAGAGUGUCCCAUUAAGGUAUAGAUGCUCAUAUAGGAGAUACCUUAAUACGGAGAAAUCAUCAACAAAUACAUCCACUGGUACAUGCUCAACAAGUCAAAUGUGCCUAAUGUUACUCCUGCCACUGAGAUCUUGGGAAGCAUCAGUAAACAAGUGCGAUAAAUCUUUGAUUGGCUAUAGGCAGAUUAACAAUUGUCAACGGAAUCCCUGAUUCAACUGUUUAAAUUCUAGAAAGAGUUUGAUGUAGUUGUUUAGGAACAGAUGAAUCAAAUGACAAAUAUUCUGAGUUAUUCAUUAAUAAAACACACCCAAGAGAUCUUUGAAGAGUUGAAUGAAUUGUGGAUGACCACUGAUUAAGUUGUUAGGGAAAUAGCUAUAAAUGGAAAUGGCUUUGAAUAUUUGCUUGAAAAAACCCAUUUGACUUCUUCGACCUUUGAGGAGAAGACUGAAGCAAGUGAGUAGCAACCACAAGAAGAGGAGUUUGCAAAUAAAUUGGCUAUGAUUGAUCCUCAGAAACCCCAAGGACAAUAGUAACCAUAGGUGAAGGAUUGGCAAGUGAACAAAAAAGGAGUCAAGGCCAAAGUUCACGUUUUAACUCUCAAAGACGAAUUGUCUGAGGAUUACAUACUUGAAUUCUAAUUGGAAAAGGCGAUUGAAUUGAAAUAGAUCAAAAUUGGGUUUUAAGCAUACACUCCAGAAUAUAAUGAUAGGAUUCUGGGUGUUCCAGACAUAGUGGUUGUUGAAGUAAAGAAUAAGACUUCAGAUAAUCUGUGGUAUCCAAUUGGCAUCAUGACUUUAAUUGAAGAUGAAGCAUACACCUAUUAUAGUGUGAAGGUGAUGGCCUUGAAUGUUUGGAGAUUAUCUGCUUAGGGUAAUUUAAAUCAACAAAUUAAGUCAUUGGGUCAAUAACCAAUAUCAUACAUCAGAUUCAUUAUGAAAAAGCCUUAGAUCACAUUUUUGGAGUAGAUCUCACAAUUAUCUUUCAAAUAAUACAAUAACAUCCAAAUUGGAGUGAGUUUCAUUUCCAUCACAGGAUUCGAUUCCACAAUCAAUAGGAACAAGUAAAUUUAGACAAUUUAGGAGAAGACUGCAAGUAGAUUGUUGGGUAAGAUGUGUUCUUAGAAAUUCAGAAAUACUUUGUUUGAUAUCAGCAAUAAUCAGAAUAUUGUGUAAUAAAUAAAGAAGAGCUUUAAGAAUAUCAGUUAGGCAUUGCAUUCAAAUGAGUCUACAUUGUCGCCACUCUUUAUUGGAUUGACAAAGUAUAAUCCAGAGUUUGGAGAUUGGGUAUUGGAAUAAAUAAUGGACAUCACUUUGGAAUGGGCACAUGCGAAAUUAACAGCUGAAAUAGUGUUGUAGGACAAGGAUAAACAAUUGGAUAGAUUAAAGAAAUUCUUGAAUUACAUUUUAAAUCAAAUCAAAUAAAUCGCUUAAAUUGCCAAAUCAUAGGAUCAAUUCACUCAACUCACCCUUUUGAUUGAAGCCUUAACUUAUGCGAUACUCAUCUCAAGCAAGUAAAAGAACAAGGACCCAAUAUUGUUAGAAGUGGAAGAGGAGGACUUCUUGAAUAUUCUGUAGGCAGUAGAAGUCACUAGUCAAUCCUAUGAGCAUUGCAACAUGAUAAUCAGGUUGUUCAUCACUCUUAUUAAAUUGCCUCAGCCAUAUGUUUUGAAUAUGCAAUUGCAAUAGACUGGCAUCAUUGACAUGACACAAUAGUUGUUGCAAAAACAGUCACUAUAUAAACUCAAAUUGUUGUCCAUCUUAGUACAAAUUAGCAAUGAAGUAGUGAGUCUCAUUAAGCCUUACUUACCCAAAAUCUUUGAGCAAACAAUUGAAUCAUUGAAGAAGACAGACAACACAACAUUGUCUGAUUACUUUUUCUUCUUUGACUCCUCAGCCAAUGUUCUUGAACUCAAAAACUUCUAUUGUGAGAAUGAUUAUCAUUUACAAGUUUAUGAGAACUUGAAAGUGUCCAAUCCAUCCAAAACCUUAUUAAAAUAAAUUGAUUAAUUGACAUUGGGUCAUAUUGUGAACUUCAUUGGCAAGAUAACAUUGUCAAAUCCAUAAGCGAUUGGGCAAUUGGCUUAAAAGUUGAUUCAGGAUAUCAAUCUAUUGUCGCAAAUCGUAGAUAUCAAUUAUGUAGAAAAUGUGCUUAUACCUUUAUUGAAUUUCGAGGAGAAGAUCGAUUUCACAAUUGACAUUUGGGACAAGGAAAGUCAGAUAUUUGUUGGAGACAUCAGAAAACUGAGUUCUCUUCACGUUCAAGAGGAUGAAACUAAUGAAGCCAGUGGAUCUCACGAAUUGAAUGGAUUCCAGGCCAAAGAAUUCACUCCCCAAUAUUACGAUGCUUUGCAAUCAGCUAUUUAGAAGGUUAUCAAGACUAAUUCACUCAAGAAAGGAGGAAGAUGGGUUAAAGAGAUGGAGUUAUCAUAGGGAGGUUCAUACUUCCAUAAGACAUUGUCUACUUUGCAAAAGGGACCAUUUUUGAUUUUGCUAUUCGGAAAGAAUAACAAUCAGAACGAAAAUUGUAUUAUUGGAUUGUUCAGUACUUAGAAAUGUGGAAAUUUGGUUAGUGAAUUUUAACAUGACUAUUACCCAGGAGAAGUGUAUCCAAUUCCAGAGAAUGGAGAGCAAUUUGGAUUCACUUACGAAAAGGAUAAGAUCUAUCAUUUGUUGAAUAAUGAUCGCAAAACAUUUGGAGUUGGAAUGGAUCAUGUCAAUGGUGGUUCAUUCUCAUUUUUAUUAGAAAGAAUCAAUUUGACAUUCUCUGAUGACCAGGAAGUUUCAAGCAUUUCAAUUGGAAUUCACGACUUUGAAUUAUUGGAAUAAAAGCCAGAAGAAGAUUACUAUUUUGAUGAUUUCUGGAUGCAAAGAAUGGAAAUUUGGAUUUACCAACAACCACAGUAGGUGUCUAAAAGCACUUAGAAACCAUUGUUCAGUGGACAACAAGGCAAUUAGUUGAUUGAAACCAAUGACACUUCUACUUUCGGCUAUGGAAUUCUAAGCAAUCCAAUUCUGUAGGAUAAAUACUUUGCCAAACAAUCCGUCUAUAACUACUUGAGUGCUACACCAGUAUAUUCCAUUCCAGGUAAUUGCAAUAACACUAACAUUCUGUAAUGCAUUUACGUUUCCAACAUGUUCUUGAAUGAAUAGGCAAUCAAGAACUCUACCAUUAUUUAAAUGAAUGGCACUCUGAUCCAAUAACAAACCAAACCAUUCCCAACAUUUACAGUUGAUGGAUUAGAAUUGUUAGGACAAUUAAAUUCCCUUACUGAAACUCCAUUGUAGUAUUCCUCAUCGUUGAAAAUAUUUGAAGCCUUCUAGAAUCAGGAUGGAGUCAAACAAAUUAUCUUGGCAGUUUAGGAUGCUACUAAAAAGUGGUAGAAUCAAGAAUUGACUUAAAUCUGGAAUUCUUAUGUAUCUGAAUUGAGUGCCUUUUGUUCAGUACCACAAUUCUUCAGUUACUUUUUGAAAAAUAAGAAAUCAAUGGAGUUACUAUUCUAAUUACUGGCAGGAACUCCCGAUCAACCUAAUAGCGAUUAAAAGGCUUGGAAAGAAAAAGAGAUCGAUGCAGUGAAGUUCAUCUAUGACACCUUAUCAGAUGUUUUCAAGACACACAACAAUCAAGAAAUUCGAAUUAUUGCCAUCAAGGACAAUUUAAUAUAGAAGAUAUUGGAUAAAAUUGCUAUUGUCAGUAAGGAAAAGAAAAGAGUGUAUCAAGCUGUUAUUGCUGAGGAGCCAUAACAACCACCAUAAUAGUAAUAGCCUUAAGCACAGGGGGAUAAGUCAGUUGAUAGGAAACCAAAGAAGAAGCAAGGUGUUGGUUAUGGAAGUGAUUAGACUGGACAGAACUAAAAGUGGAAUACUCAGGAAUAUUUAGAUAAAAAGAAGGUUCGAUCAGAAUAAUUAAAGUCUCUUUUGGAGAUCAUUAGAAACUUUUUCAAUUAUGAUAAUUGGCAUUUAAAUUAAGAAUUAUCAUAGAUAAUAAAUGAAAUGAUAUUUGAAAGUGCAUUGUUAUCCUUAUUAGAGGCUGCAUUUAGAUCAGGUUCAUUGUUAGAAAUGUCAAAAGACUUUGAUCUCAAUUUAUGUUAUCUUCAAUUAACAAAAACAUUAGCCAAACAUAAGAACCUCACUCCAUUAUUAUUAAAAAUACCUCCUAAUUAUAUACCGAAACAAAUCGAAUCUAUAGCAUAAUUAUUAAGCAAUCUUAAGAACAUUGCUCACAUAUUCUUAUCUUGUCUACAAACCAACGAGUUAUCCGAGAAGGAUUAGAUCUCAAAACAGAUUGCUACCAUUAUUCUUGAGACAGAUACAAGUGUCCAAGAAGCUAUAGAAAGAUUCUAAUGUGAUGAGUCAGAGAAUGAAUAAGAAGACGCAAAAGAACAUGAAUUGCAAGAGAUACUGAAAUUGCCAUUGAAUGAAGCCUACAGAUUGUUGUUAAAGGACUUGAGAUUCGACUAUGUGUCAUUCAAAGGGUAAAACCAGCAAUAUCUCCACUAUUAUGAGAAACAAAUUACUCAGGCUCCUACUCCAACACCAGCAAAAUUGAUUCGUCUAGCCUAGGAAUUCGCUGAUAUGUCCAAUUCUCUACCUGUUGAACACACUAAUUCCAUAUUUGUUAGAGCUGAUAAGGAUAGAGUGGAUGUAAUAAAAGCAUUGAUUAUGGGUGCAUCUGGAACCCCGUAUGCUCACGGAGCUUAUUUGUUUGAUAUCUACUUUGAAGACUAAUACCCCAAUACUCCUCCCAAGAUGAAUCUAUCUACUACUGGAAGUGGGAAGAUCAGGUUUAAUCCAAAUUUGUAUGCCUGUGGUAAGGUGUGUCUCUCACUAUUGGGAACAUGGAGAGGACAUGCAUCUGAGAAUUGGGAUCCCAAGUUGUCAACCAUCUUGUAAGUGUUGGUGUCCACCUAAGCAAUUAUCAUGUCUGAGGAUGUGUACUUCAAUGAACCAGGGUUUGAAGGGGAAGCAGGCUAAUAGGAUGGCGAAAUGAAGAAUGAGGCCUAUUCCAACAUUGUUAGAUACGGAAACAUCCAAUAUGCUAUGAUUGAGAAUAUCAAGAAUCCUCCCACUGGAUUUGAGACUAUUAUAAGAAGACACUUCUAUUUGAAGAAAGGAGAAAUAAUGGAGGAAGUCAGGAAAUGGGUUCAGUAUGCUGAGCAAAGACAAGCCUUGUAUAUGGGAUUGGUGAGCGAUCACAAUAGUCAAUGGUGUUCAGUGUUCAAGAAGUCUAAGACUCAGUAUUUGGAUAUGCUCAAGGAUGCAACUGCUGAACUUGAAAAGGCUCUCAAUAGUUUGUAAUAGCCAAGCAUCAAGGAGAUCAGUCCAAAGUUGAAUCAAAGAAGAAAGAAGAAGCAAUAGGAGAAUUAAGUAAUUGUUCAAAAGGCCACUGAUGGCAUACUUAAUUUAGAAGGAGUUGAUGUGACCUAUGAUAGUAAUGCUAUUCAAGAGCAAGUGAUAGAUGUGAGUAAUGAAUAAGUGAGAGAUAGAUGGAGCAGAUACAUCGGAGCAAUGGGAAUUGAAGCUGUUAGGAAGUAAGCAAAUGCAAAAGUCUUACUCUGCGGAGUGGGAUCCUUGGGUGUUGAGAUUGCUAAAAACGUGGUGCUUUCUGGAGUUGGAGUUUUCGCUAUCUAUGAUAACAAAGUGGUGAAUCAGGAUGACUUGGUAGGGUAGUUCUUCCUUUCUUAGUCAGAUGUUGGCAAACCGAGGGCUGCAGCUUGUGUUGAUAAAAUUCAGCAGUUAAAUAAUUAUGUUAGAGUCAAAGUGAUAGAGAAGGAUGUGCAAUAGUAUAUAACCACAGAGCAAUUCGAUAUCGCAAUAUUGACAGAUGUCUAUGAUUACAACGAACUAGUUUGUUGGGAUAAUCUGUGCAGAGCCCAUUCAAUUAAGCUUAUCAUCGCCAAUGCCAAUUCUGUUUAUGGAAGAAUCAUUAAUGACUUUGGAGCUGAAUUCAAAGUAAUCGAUAAGAAUGGAGAAGACAUUCCUGAUGUAUUGAUUAAAUCGAUCUAAGCAGAUGGAGUAGUUGAAUUAUUGGAUGGUCAGAGAUCUCAAUUUGCAGAUGGAGAUUCAAUUAUAUUACUGGAAGUCCAAGGCAUGAAGGCAGGAGAACAAUCAAUCAACAAUCAGCUUCUCAAGAUCCAAACUAUUUCUACUAAGAAAUUCAAGAUUAUCGAUGACAUCUCUCAAUAUUCUCCUUACCUUUCGAGUGGAAUUGCCAGACAUGUCAAACAAACUAUUACAUGUACUAAUAAAUCCUUGGAUGUUGUAAUCAACAGUGAUGAUUGCUUAGAUGCCAAUUUGAAGGAGAGUGAUAGCAUCAAGCUUGUAGAACAGAGUCUAAUGCAUUUAGCUUAUAGAACACUAUCAUACACCAACGGAGAUAUUGUCAAUCUCCUCGACUCUGUGAUUAAAUUUGAUAAGGCCAAUUUCAUCCAGUAGAAUUCCAAACUAGCUAAGUAUUUAGAAUUCUAUCUCAAAAUGUUCCAAAAGACCUUUGCAUUGCCAGCAUUCCCUCCUUUAGCUGCCUACUUAGGAGGAUUUGUGUCAUAAGAGAUAAUCAAAGCACUCACUAAUAAGUUUACUCCCAUCAAUCAAGCCUAUUAUUUUGAUUGCAUCGAAGUGUUGCCAUUUGAAAUCUGGGAUGAAAAAGGAGAUUAAUAGGCUUAGAUCCAAGCAGUUGAUCAACUUUAAUUGACUGGAAAAGAUGCAUUGACUAAAUUAUUAGGGGAGGAUGUGUAUCAGAAGGUGAGAAGUACCAAUUUAUUCAUGGUUGGAUGUGGUGCUAUAGGGUGUGAAUUGCUAAAGAAUUUUGCCAUGAUCAAUUUAAGUAUUGACGGGUAAAUUACUAUAACUGAUCCUGAUCACAUUGAAACUUCCAAUCUAAAUAGGUAAUUCCUAUUUAGAGAGAAACACAUUCACAAACCUAAGUCUUAGACUGCAGCUGCAGCAGCAAUUCAAAUCAAUCCACUACUGAAGGGCAAAUUGAUUGCAAGAAUGGACAAGGUUCACGAACAAACCGAGAAUAUUUUCCAUGAUCAAUUCUUCGAGUAAUUAUCCCUUGUUGCCAAUGCUCUUGAUAAUGUCCAAGCAAGAAGAUAUGUCGAUCGCAGAUGUGUCAAGGCCAAGAUUCCAUUGUUAGAAUCAGGCACUCUGGGUCCCAAAGGCCAUGUGUAGUGUAUCAUCCCAUUCCAAACAGAAUCAUACAACAGCAUGCAGGAUCCAGUUGAGGAAGGAGAAAUUCCUUACUGCACUUUAAAGAUGUUCCCUGAGGAAACAUUCCAUUGCAUUGAGUUUGCCAGAGACAAGUUUAAUAAGCUAUUCUCCUUAAAACCAAAAUUGGCCUAGAACAUCAUAGAAAAUCAAUCAUUCAAUCCAUCAAAUCCAGAAGAGAUCAAAUAAUUGAAAUCUACUAUCAAAUUACUCCAAUAGGCACCAACCAAACUUGAAGAUUGUAUUCAAUGGGCAAAAAAUAAGUUCUCAAAGUACUUCAUCAAUGACAUUAAAUAACUACUGUACACAUAUCCAGUUGAUGCCAAAACUAAGGAUGGACAACCAUUCUGGAAAUUACCCAAGAGACCUCCAAGAUGCUUGAAUUACGACAUUGAAAAUCUCAUCGUUGUCUAAUUUAUAUCCACAAUGGCUUUCCUUAGAGCCAAACAAUACAAUCUGCCCACACCUGCCGACUGGAGACAUGAGAAGAACAGACGAGAUGUAGCCACCUUAGGAGAGAAGAUGACAAGCAAGGAGUGGAUACCCAAUGAUUCUAAGAAGAAGGAGAUCGAGGAGCAAGUGUUGAAGUUGGAGAACAAAGCCCAGAAGCAACAAGAGGAGGAAUAGGAAAAUGCCAUUUUUGAUGACCCCAACAAGUUAUUGGCACAACUGUAGGGUUUGAAAUAAGCAGGAAUCAAAUUGUUCUCGUAAGAAUUCGAGAAGGAUUGCGACAUGAAUGGACACAUCGACUUCAUUCACUCUCUAGGAAACCUAAGAGCUUUGAAUUACGGACUCGAUGAAAUGGAUUGGAUCACAGUUAAAUUGAAGGCCGGAAGAAUAGUCCCAGCCUUGGCCACCACCACAGCUGUAGUAUCAGGACUCUAGACGAUUGAAUUAGUCAAAAUCUUAAAGAGGUGCAAACUUGAGAACAUGAAGAAUGGAUUCAUCAAUUUAGCUGUGCCCAUGGUACAAUUGACUGAGCCGAUGAAGGCGGAAUCCAUCAAACUUAACGAGGAAGUGAAUGUCACCUUAUGGGACAGAUGGGAUGUCAAGUUGGGAAAAGAAAUUACCUUGCAGAUUUUGUUCUAGCACUUGAAACAAACAUAUCAUUUGGAACCGGCUAAUGUUUUCAAGCAAUCUUCAGUCGUUUAUAUGCAUGACCUUCAUAAGGGUUCAGCCAUAUUCACCUAGCCUAUUAUCGAAUUGCUGGAUGUCAAGAAUGAUUAUGUGGAUUUAGUAAUUAAUUUUGUUAAAGACGAGCAGAUCCUUAAGAAUGUCCCAGAAGUUAGAGUCUACUUUAACGAAUGAUAUCUAUUAUAUGUAUAAAUUAUAAAAUUCAUCUAUGCA